GAUCCUUCUCCGAUUGGCCAUCGAAUUUUGGCCAUCCUUUCCUGGUGGCGCUCUUUUGUAAACAAACAGAGAACACUUUCACUGAGCUGUCUGUGAUGUGAUUUUGAGGACUGGGCUACUCUGCAGUUUAUAAUGGCCAACAAAAAACACUCUGUUUCAAAGGAGAUGGCAAACGGUUGCAACACAGCAGAUGCACAGAAUCCGAGGACCAGUGGGCUCUUUUCUCAAUUCAUUUUGCUCGAUCAAAGGUGGACUAACAAGUGGGCCUUAUGCGCGUCUGAUAAGUCUCGUUAUGGUGUGUUUCGUCCAAUUAUGAAGCUUCUGGAGAUCAGUGGACAUGGUGUCCCAUGGAUUUCAAUACCGUUGCUUCUCUUUGUAGUAAGUACUGAUGACUAUGUACUUCAGAUGGUUACCAACCUUCUUCUAGCAAUGUUUUUUGAUCUGGCUGUUGUUGGAACUGUCAAAGGAAUCGUUCGUCGCCCUCGCCCGCCAGUAAAUGUAGAUGACAUGUUUCUCACAAUUGCUGUGGACAACUUCUCCUUUCCAUCUGGACACUGCACACGUGCUGGCAUGGUUACUUGGAUCUACAUUCUGACCCUUGACCCAGCAUGGUUACCAAGCCUAGCAGCCACUUCAUGGUCCUUGUGCAUCGCAUUGUCAAGGGUGAUUUUAGGACGCCAUCAUUUCAGUGAUGUUGCCUGUGGAUUGCUGAUUGGUUAUCUUCAAGCUCUUGUUGUCUGCUAUUUCUGGUUACCCAUAGAAACAUGCCAAAAUAUUAGACAAGUUAUUUUCUAUAAAAGUGCAAUAGAUGAAUUAUGAUAAUAAUAAUAUUAUGAAUUUGAAAUUCUUUUAUGUAUUAUAUUUUAAUUAUGUUGAUCAUAAUUAGGUGCGGAUCCAGAUUUUCACACUGUUUGCCGAGGUGAAGUUCAGGGCGAAAGGUAGAAGUUGAUAAAAUUGGCCUAAAAUAACUGCAACGCUGGAUGAUCAUGUGAGUUCUGUGCGAUAGUAAGUUUGAGCACUGUAUCCGCACCUGAUGAUACGUACAUACUUAGAAUACAGUAGUAUACUGAAAUAAUUAUUGUCUCCUAUGCAAUGAUAAAAUGUGUUUGUGUAAAAGUCUUUAUUGUCUUUAGUGUUCUCCAGAUCUAGAACCAUUUGACCAAUUUGGAAAUUACAAUUAUUUAAUAAUAAUGGCACAUUAUCAAUAUUUUAAUGAUCAAAGUGUUUGUGUAAAAGUCUUUAUUGUCUUUAGUGUUCUCCAGAUCUAGAACCAUUUGACCAAUUUGGAAAUUACAAUUAUUUAAUAAUAAUGGCACAUUAUCAAUAUUUUAAUGAUCAAAGUAUGACAACCAUGGUGAUGAUAUUAUCUUAUCUUGUAAAAAUUCUUUUAUAAUGGAACUGCCAAAAUCACAGUGAAGAUAGCUAAGAAAAUAUGGGCUUCUGCUGGAAUCAAACCGAGACAUUUAGGACUAUUUUUGGUACUCUGCCAUCCGGUCCACUCUAAAUGGCAGUAUAGUAGUAGUGUACCUUGCCCAAAUGUCCUUGUAAAGUGUUAUGAAAAGGAUGUGGUUAGAUUAGGGAUUUUUUCUUUUUAAUUAAAUUCAAAGGUAUUUACUGUUCCAUUGACUGUAUCAGAUGAAAAAUAACAAAGUAAAUAUUACAGAACCCCAAAUUGUCUAAUUUUAAUGUUAGCAUUGAAGUGCAUCAUCACUAUAAAUUAGAGUAGGUGUUCUAGCGGCCAAUAUUUCAAAGCCUUAAUAUUACUUAAUAAUAACUUAAUAUAAUUUAUUAUAAUUACUAAAUUAAGAUUAUGAAUAUUGUAAUACUACAUCACCUGGAGAAGCUAAUGGUAGAAAUUUAAGCUUGUGGAAUAAAAUAUGCUGUACCAGUAAUUUAA